UAUUGUUUUCUAAAAUCUUAACAUCUGAAUGUUAAUCUUUAUUAAACAAACAAUUAAGUUAAUUUUUUGUUCUAAAUGUAACUGUUUUAAUCUUAAUUAUAGUUACUAAUGAAUAAACAUCCAAGUUUAACCAGUAAUGGUCUAACCAUUGGUGAUUCACAUGGCUCUCAAUCAAUUGAUAAAUUGGCUAAAAAUUGUAGCGUCUCCAAAAGUGUUUCUAAAGGGUUGGACUCUUGUAAUAACAACGCUGGUAAAAAUUUAGAUCCCAGUGAACUAAUGAGUUUACCAAAAACAGUAUCUUGUAAUCAAUCAACUUUAAACAAUUUAAAUGAUGAUCUGGUUAAGGGUAAAACGGGUGAUUCAGGUGGAAAAUUGAUAACACCUCCUUGUGAUACAAAUAGAAGGCCAUCAGUUUAUUUUUGUCUUUUUUGUGAUAAAACAUAUUCUAAAUUCAAUCUUGCCUUACUACACAUUCGUGCUCAUAUUAAAUUUGGUUACCAUUGCAAGUAUGGUGAUAAUCAUUUUGAUCUCUAUCCAUCUUAUAUGGCCCAUCAUGUACGUGAAGAGCACCCAAAUGAACCGGUUGAAUUUGAAGACGAUUUUAAGGAGAGGAAAAAUAUUCAUAGUUGGAUUAUUGAUUUUCUCAAUGAACAAUUUACCGCUUCAAAGUUAACUGAUGAAGAUGCUGUCGUUCAAUCGCCAAACUCUUGGGUUCAUUGUUCAAUCUGUGUGAAAGCAGCUAAAUACAAGAAAAAGAAACCUGUUAAAUUUUAUUCCAUAAGAACGUUAGAAAGACACUUUUGGCAACACACUAGAUGGUGGAAAGUUGAUUGUAAUAUUUGUGGUGCCUCAAUGCAACGUGCACAUCAAAUAGAUCACCUUGUCGAACAUGAAAUUUUCAUGGAUGAUUCAAAUCCUAACCCAAUAAAACUUUUUGAAAUCCACUUCAAGGAAAGAAUUGAUACAAUAAUAGCGAGAAAGUUGGAACUUAUUGCAGAAAAGCAAGAGAAGGAAUUUUAUGAUCGCUUUGCAACUCAUCGUGGCUGCAAACUCACCCUUAAUCUUAAAUUAACACCUUGUGAUUCCGAUUUAAACUUUUUAAAGAAGAAGAAAGUUUUACCUAUUAAAGCCUCUAAACCAGUUGAGGAAAACCCGAACUCCCUUAAGGCGGACAAUAAACUGAUUAAGGCUGAUAAACCUAAAUCAACUGCUCCACCACCACCACCGCCGCCGCCACCGCGAGCUAAAUCCCGUGCUGAAGAGAUUCACGAUGAACUUGAAGCAGAAGAAGCAAUAAGACUGGCAAUUAAAAUCUUAACUGGAGGUGGUGAAUCUCCUCAAUCUGAUAAUUCAUCCAUUGAAAACGAACCUCCAACUGCACAAUGUCAACAAAAUAAAACAAAACCUGAUGCCAAAAAUGAUGAGAAAAGUGUAUCACCUAAAACUCAAACUUCAAAAAACGUGGAUAAUUUACAGAUAUCAGAUAAUCAAGUGUCUGAUGGAAGAGAUAAUGGUAAGGAAUCAAACUCUUUGCGGAAGGAUCAACAAUUAACAGAUAUUUCAUCAAAUGUACAAAAUACAAGCCCAGAAAUUACUACUAAAAUUACUGAAAAUCUUAAUGUUGAUUCUUCCUCAGCUUCAGGUAUUUUACCUGAUGGCCAAUUCAAAAUUCCAACCUUGAUUGAUACCAAUGUUGACAGAUUAAUAUCCGAUGAUCAUCAAACAGUAGAUAUGCAAAUUGAUCCAACUCCUUUAUCUUCACCAAUGGCUUCAACAUGCUCGUCAUCAUCUUUACUCAAUCCAUCGCCAUUAUUUCCUUCAUUGAAAACCCCUUCUACUUCAAUCGCUGGUCCACCUCCUAAGAAAAAUAAAAUAUUCUGCACGGAAAAAGUUCAAAAUGUAAUAUCUGAACUCUUAGCCAGAAAGAUUGAGCUCGCUCAAAUGAAUUCAAUUUCCGGCGGAGAUUCAGGCAACAAUGAUUUUAUCAAUAACAAAGAAAUUGAUAAUUCCUCAAUGUUGGUAAAUCCAAACAUGAUUCUUCAAAGCUCUGUGCCAUUAGUGUCAUCUCAAGUUCCAAAUCAGUCGAGACCAAUUUUUUCAAUGUCUUUUCCACCACCACCAUCAACACCAAUGGAAACUUCAUCUUUACAAAUGUCUGCACCCAAUUUAAUGUCGGCAUUACAAAAUGCGCCACAGAUUAAUCAUAAUAAUAAUAAUAAUAAUAAUUUUAGUUCAACACCAACCGCUAUUCAACCAAAUUUAGACGAAGACGAUGAUGAUGAUAUUUGUAUUUUAGAAGCUCAUAUUGCAAAUGAAACUCAACAAAUCGUGAGACCUAUUCCUCAACCUCCACAACCUCCACCACCACAACCGCCAUCUCAAGUAAAAUCAUUUUAUAUUGAUGUUGAACUGUUUAAGCAAAUUGUUGGUCCGAUUGACAAUACAAUGGUGGAGAAAAGUCAAAAUGGAAAUGUUAAUUUAAGAAUUCCAAUGGAAAAACUGUCCCAAAUGGUGAAAAUUGUUGAAGAAAGGAAACAAAAAUCACUCAAUGCAUCAUCUUCUUCCGUAUUGCCAACUAAUAAUAACCGUAAUUUUCAAAUUAACUAUCUCCCUGGUUCUCAUGCUCCAAUCAAUAUACCAUCAGCAAAUUUGAUUCCGACUGUUACUAUUGAACAAGUCCAAAAACCACUUUCGACUGUCACUUAUUCAAAAGCUCCUAUUAUGCAAAAUUCUGCCCCUAAUACUCUUAUUCAACCACCAGUUACAACACAAUACCCUCAGUGCGCCUCUGUACCUAGUUUUGGAUCUAAUUAUGUUUCAUCUAAUUCAUCAAAUUGGCCCCAACAAGUGAAUAACCCUUCCCUUCCAGCAGUGAACAAUUUCCCCAACCAAGUACCAAUCGUGCGUAAAAUAGCUUUCAAUAGUCAAAUCUUACAAAACCAACAAGAUUCAACUCCACGUGCUCAAUAUAUUAUGCCAACAGGUCAGUCUGGUUACGCUCGAAUCAUUCGUUUUGAAAAUUCACAAGCCAAUCAACAGAAUUGUUAUGUUUCAAAUCAACAAUUGCAAUACCAAAGAUCACAAAGUGUAGCUCCAACAAGUUGUUCUGAGUUUAGCUCUCCAACUCCUCUUAUGCAUCACCCUAGUCCACCUCCUCCAUACCAUCAAUAUGAUCCAAAUCAGUAUUCAAAUAACACAUAUUCUCAACAGCAACAGCAACAACAACAACAACAGCAACAAUUAAUUCAAAAUCAACAGUUACAACAACAAAAUCAACAACAGCAAUUACAACAGCAACAGCAACAACAGCAACAGUUACAGUUUCAGCAACAAUGUCAACUUCAAAAUCAACCGUUACAACAAAAUCAAUAUCAACAGUCUCAAUUACAGUCAAAUAUUCAGCAACAAUCUCUAUCAAUCCCUGAACAAAGGGAUACCCCAGUAGUUCAUCAUUAUUAUAAUCCUGAACAACAGUAUCAACAAUUACCACAAAGUCAAUCUGUUAUUCCUUCCGUUCAAUAUCAAAGCAAUAAUUCAGAUGGAUUAUUGAAUAAUUUGAACAACCAAAUGAACAAUUACUCUAUGAACAAUCCUGGGCAUACCUUUUGGAAACCUGAUCCAACCAAAAUCUUCACCAAAGAUCCUCAUCAUCAAAACCACCCUCACAAUACAGUAAAUCCCCACCUUUAGAUACUAAUUAACUAAAUUUCAGUUGAUCUACAAUAUGAACAAUCAUCAUCGUUAUUUUUUCUCAUCUUAAAAACAUGACAAUAUUUUCAAUUGAAGGUCUUUAAUGGCGGAUAACUUUUUGCAUUCAAUAUUAUAUUUUUUUUCUUUGAUAGUGUAAAUUGUCACUUCAUAUUCAAUUCACUUUACAAUAAUUAACCGUCACCCAUUCAUUAUUCAUUUGUUAUUCUAACUUUAUGUUAUCUCAUCUUAUUUCUCUUAUUUUCAUCACGAAAAUUUAAUCAUUGUAACUUUUGUAAUUUAAUUUGAAGAAGAAAAAAAAACAAUUAGGCUUAUUUAUAUUUCUCUUAAAAAUAAAAUGUAUUUACCAUGA